GCUGUUUGGGUUCACGCAAGGCUGGCAAGCACCUCUCUCUCCUGUCAAAGCUAGAUUCUGCCGGGAGCUUUGGCAAAGCGAGAAUAAUUCAAAAGAGGAGCUUCGAGCUUCCGAGUUGGGGAUUCUGGAAGGCAUGGCAAGGCGCUAGACCUCAAGGAAACCUCUGCCAGCUUCUGGAAGGCACGGCAAGGUGCUAGACCUCAAGGAAACCGCUGCCAGCUUCAGGUCUGCCUCCAAAUUUGAUCGAGACCGGUGAAAGAACAGCAGAAUCACAGAUCUGCGGAGCUGGAAGGAGGGAUCUCCAAAUAUCAUCUAGUCCAACCCGCUACGAGCGCCAUGACGCCGUUCGUAGGAUGUUGACCGCGCCCAACGGUGACCCGUGGGACCUCGGGCCUCGCCGCCGAAUCCUCACCGGGUAGCCUUCUGAAGCCCCAUGGUGGCCCUCGCCCGAGAGCCGGGCGAAAUUUUCUGGCAUGGGUCGCCAGGACCCACCGACUGCCCACGCCGCCUGGUGUUUUUUGCUGCUGGUCUGGCUCGCCAACUCCGCCCUGGGGCACGGAGACACGGCUUUGCAGCCGCACGGCGGGUAUUGGUGGCCGAGGGGGGGCAGGCUCGCCCGCAGCUACCCCCACCUCCAGGGCGACGCAAGGAGGAGGCGGCUCUACUCGUCCACCCACUACUUCCUGCGCAUCGGCGGGGACGGCAAAGUCGACGGCACGCGUCGGGUCGAGUGUCCAGACAAUAUCGUGGAGAUCCGAUCUGUGCGUGCGGGGAUCGUGGCCAUCCGGUCAGUCCACAGCGGGUUCUACUUAGCGAUGAACAGAAAGGGGAAACUCUACGGCACGAAAGCGUACACCCCCAGCUGCAACUUUGUGGAGAGGAUCGAGGAGAACGGCUACAACACUUACGCUUCCUGGCUCUGGAACCAUGAGGGGCGCCCCAUGUUCCUCUCCCUCAAUGCCAAGGGCAUCCCGCGAAAGGGGCCGAAGACCCGGAGACAGCACCUUUCUGCACACUUUCUGCCCAUGCUGGUCUCCUGACGGAGAAGUUGCAACAAACCACGGACUCGUAUUGCUUAUCAAAUGCCUUCUUAUAUUGAGUAUUUAAAAACAACAACAACUUUCGGGUG